AUGGAUUCCGUCGAUUGCGUUUUCCCAUCCCUCCGCUUGAAUGCCGUCUCCGUUCGUUGGCCCCAUGCUGUGCACGCGCUCUCCGAUAAUUCUGACAAUCACGAGAGUGCUGUUGUGCCCGGGCAGCCGGAGCACGGGCACUCGGGCGGCGCCCUGGCAUACGGCGGCAAGCCGGCGGCUGGCGUGGCGGCGGGCGUGCCGCAGCCCCGGGCGCCGCCGGCCACGCCCUACGCGCAGCCCUACCAGCCCUCGCAGCUACGCCUGCACAACCCCGGCUACGGCUCCGCUGCGCUCACCUACAGGGAUGGCGGCUACGGGCGCGGCGAGUACCGCGGCGGCGGCGGGCGCGUGUCCCUGCUGGGCGGCGCGUACCUGCCGCCGCCGGCGCCGCCCGCCCACCACCCGCCGCCCGCCGACCCGCCGCCCUUCAAGAAGAUACGGCUCAGCGCCGAGCGGCCCGCCGCCCAUCACCCGCAGCUGCGGGUCGACACCAGGGAGCCUGUGUACAACAUCGUCGAGGUGCUGUCACCGAACCCGCCAUCGGAGCCCACGCUGGAGGACCAGAGCUUUCGGACGACCAAGGAUGACCUGCUGCAGCAAAUAUCUAAGGUGGACCGCGAGAUGGCGCUGUCGGAGACGACGCUGCUGAAGCUGAAGAAGAAGGCGCGCGAGCUGCAGCAGACGGCCACGAAGCCCGCCCGCCAGGAGGAGCCCGAGGAGGCGCCGCCCCGCCACAGGAGCCUCGCGCAGUGUAUCUACGCGGACAACAGGAAGAAGGCGGCGGCCGCUCACGCGAUGCUGGCACCGCUCGGGCCGCCGGUGCUCUACCCGCUCUACAACCAGCCCCAGGACACGGAGCUGUACCACGAGAACAUACGGAAGCACCGCACCUUCAGGAAGCGGCUAGCGGAGCACAUACGAAGGAUAAAGCUCGAGACGGAGAAGCGGGAAGACGCGCUCGCAGAAGCGUACAGCAGGAGGGCAGCGGAGUGGAUGCGCAGGGUAGAGAGGAUAGAACAGGGACAGAAGAGGAAAGCGAAGGAUGCUCGGAAUAGGGAGUUCUUCGAGAAGGUGUUCCCCGAGCUGAGGAAGCAGCGCGAGGAGAGGGAGCGCUUCAACCGGCUCGGCGCCAGGGUCAAGUCGGAGGCCGAGCUGGAGGAGAUCGCGGACGGGCUGCACGAGCAGGAGCACGAGGACAAGAAGAUGCGCUCCCUGACCGUGGUGCCGCCGCUGCUCAGGGAGCCGCGCACGCCCACGCUGCUCACCAACAUGCGCUGCAUGGACAUGGAGACCGAACACAAGGAGCUGCAGACGAGGAACGUGUGGUCGCGAGCGGAGCGCGAGCUCUUCCGCGAGAAGUACCUUCAGCACCCCAAAAACUUCGGCCAGAUCGCCUCGUUCCUGCCCAGGAAGAGCGUCAAGGAUUGCGUCCGGUUUUACUACCUGUCGAAGAAGGCGGAGAACUACAAGCAGCUGCUGCGCAAGCCGAGGCAGCGGCGCUCCACGCGGAACCCGCCGCGGCCCGCGCCGGAGCCCGAGAUGCCGUCGGGGGUGCUCACCAGGCUGCAGCGUUCGCAAGGAACGUCAGCGAGAUCGACGGACUCGAAGGAGACGUGCGUAGAAGAGAUGACCGCCGAGCAGCUGAACAUGAUCCCGGUGCCGCCGCAGCCGCAGCCGCUGCAGAUGGACCAGCUAGAGCAGGGGAUGGCGGAUGGAAACGUGCAGGGGAUCCACCUGGCGGACAUGCAGGGCGACCAGUUGCAGUUGGGGACGCAGCAGGGGCCCUUGGGGGACCCCGCCAUGCAGGGCAUGCAGGCUCUGCAACAAAUGCCGAUGCAGAACAUGCAGCAGUGCCAGGCGCCCUCGCCGCCGCCGAUGCAGCUCGCCCAGCCAAUCAGGCUGGAGGCGAACUGCACGCCCCCUUUACCGCCGUCGCCGCCGCCGGCGUCUUCGGCGCCCCCCGCGCCGCCCUCGACUAUAUGCACGGCGACCAGCACGCCCGCCGGCGUGGUGACCACCGUCGCGUGCACCAGCGCCGCCGCCAGCCUGAGCACCGUCACCAUCACGGUGACGCCGGUGGGGGGAGCGGGCAGCCCGGCGCCCGCCGCCCCCGCCCCCGCCGUCGCAGCGGCGGUCAGCCCCGCCCCCGACGCCCCCGCGCCCGCCGAGCCCCCAACCGCUCCCUCCCCCGCCCCCGCCCCCGCGACAGUUGUCGCACCCGUCCCAGCCAGCACGCCGACACCCCUCAGCGGGAGCGCAACCAGUGUCAGCGUCAUCACUACGUCGUCGUCGUCGUCGGCGAGCGUGACGUCAUCGGCGACGCCGACCUCGUGCGUGGUGACGUCAUCGGCGGCGUCGGCGCCGGCGCCAAGCGUGGGCGGUGGCAGCGCGCCGCCCACGCCGCAGCCCGCCCAGCCGCCCACGCCCACGCAGCCGCCGCCCACGCCCGAGCCAGGUGAGAAGGGGUUUUCAGAACUGGACCUAGUCAUAAUGUUGGCUUUACGAGGCCUUAAGACGCGG